GCAAGUAUCGUUUAUCAGGCCGCGUUCUUUUGAUGAGCGGUAAGACAGGUAAAGUGAUCAGCUGGAAGGGCGUUCCCGACGGCCGGGAGUCGUACUACUCACCGCAAGUUUACACGUGGUUAGAUGGCACUCAGCUGGUGCUGUUUGGCACGGGUGGGGAGACACAUGGCGGAUCUUUAUGGGUUAUAAAACUUGACGAUCUUAUAAAAGGAGACAUAGAUAAGGCGAUAGCCUUAUUCACAGACAAAUUCAAAGGAGUGAUGACCCCACCAGCGUUGGCUGACGUCACUGGCGACGGUGUUGAAGACAUUAUUGUCCCAGUUUUCAACGCCUCUGUACUUGCAAUCAAUGGACAAACUUUUAAAGUGAUUUGGAACUACACCCAGCCUAUGUCUGAGUCCUACAGUACACCGUCUCCAGGGUUUUAUAACGAUGACGACGUUCCAGACUUUCUGAUAAAAUUUGCACAUGGUCCAGGAUUCCCGGUGUAUUACCAUUCCACAACGACCAUAUUAGACGGUAAAACGGGAAAGCCUUUAAUAGCUCCACCAAUCAGGGACACGGUUGGGGCUCAAGCGUCCCCCAUCACUGUCAGCAUGGAAGGUAGGGGGAAUGACGUGUUUCUGUACUGGGUAGCCGACUGUUUAGACCACGAGGGACAAGGAGGGGAGUUCAAGUUUGUAGAGGGUACAAACGUACAUGAACAGAGUCGUUCAGAUUUCUGUCGGCUGAGAUUCAAAACCAAUGGAUAUAGUAAAAUAUAUGCAAUAAGUCAACACAUACCACCGCCUGGAUCAACCGUUUACUACUCAGAGGAACGAGUGGAGGUGGAGCACUCAAGCUGGAUAAAUACUACGAAGGAAGGGCUGGAAUACGUUCUUUCUCAUCCGGAAUACCUCGAUGAGUAUCGGAGAUUUUCUCAUCCGGAAUACACUGAAAAGCUGGAUAUCAACAAUAUUAUACCUAAAGAAGAAGGCAGUGAAUCGCUAUUCGAGACCCCAAUUUUUGAUAAUACCGAAAGAACUACAUACAAAAAGGGACCGUCUUCAGGGGUUUUUAGACCACAGUCAUCUAUUCUUAACUCGAUGAAACACAAUGAUUAUCCGGAUUAUACCUACCCAGAUACAUAUUACGACCAAGAUCAGGUUAGGGGACGGCAAGGGACGGCUUUUAAUAGGGGGAGGACGGGAUAUAGCGACUAUGAUUAUGAUAAUUAUUACCAAAAUGCGCCAAAAUAUCAAUAUGGAAGAGAUAAAUACAGGGAAAGAUAUCCAUCUAACAACAGAAAAGAUAAAGUGAGACAAAGAAACGCUUUAAAUGUAAAGAAAAUAUCGAAAAGUGCUGAUAACAACAAAGUAAAACCUAUAGCCAUGAGAGAUACGCGGACUAAGACAAGAACAGGUGCUAAGGUAGAAAAUAGUGCAAAAUCUAAUAUAUUUAAAAAGAUUCAUAAACGUUCCAGUAAACAGUUACAUAAAUUUGGGCGUAAUAAUAGUGAACAUAAAAGGCGGCGAAAACGUCGCCAUGUUGGCCCUCAUGACGAAAAAGGGCUGCAGAGACUUCUGUCAACCGGAAGUUUGGCACCAUCCUUAUUGCCAAAAGACCAUCCACUUUAUAAUCAUUCCGUUGAUGUGGUGUUUGCCACAUACUGGUUCUUUCCGGCCAAAACAAGAGCUAUCUUGCCGGAGGACCAACACUGUAUCGAGAAGAAGAUGUCUGAAGAAACUAUCAGAUUCGAUCCUAAAAGUAAAUAUUACAAGAUGGACCAUGAUGCAUAUGAACACGCAAUAACUGAUGAAUGUUUACAGAAAAGUAGCCACGAUCUUCCUGAUGAAGGCACAUAUGAAAGCCAGGACAAAUACGACCCAUUUAAUGUCCAUAUGGGUCAGAUGACCGUCUACAGGUUGCGUCUGACUUGCACGUGCAGUAAUCAAACAGAAAUAGAAAUGGCGGGAAAGCGAUGUGGACAGAUCCUUCCAUUUAAUCAACAACAAUGGUACGCCUACAUGGGAAACAAUGCUGAUAGUCACUGGAUGCCACGCGGUGACAUUUAAUUUACGUUGAAAUUAUGACGUAAUAGAUGACGUAAUAGAAGUACCAACAUGUCCGCCGGACGGAAGUGCGUAGACAUGAAUUAUUGUGCGUGAUUGAAUGUUGAAAAGCGUAAGGUAUUGAAUGUUGAAACACGAUAUCAUUUGAUACAUUUAAACCUGUUUAUAUAGGUAAACCACUUGAUUUGAAAAAGCGGUCAUUGCAUAUAUAUUUUAUGUGCUACCAUCACAAGAAAGGUACUAAACUUGAAGAAAUAACUGAUGACCUUACAAAUCAAGCUUGGUGUUCAUUUAGAGGUGGCCUUUUUGUCGCAAAGCAGCUGACGGUUUGGCACAAUAACGUGCUUCGUGUGUAUAGUUACAUCUUCAAACUGACUUUGUGUAAAAAUUAUUUUCACCAACAUCUAAUAUUGUAGUUGUUGAUAUGGCCUUCGAUACUAUACCGUACAAUGUUUGACACACUGCCGUACAGUCAUGUUCGAACGGCAGGCACUAAAAGCUUUUCAUCAUUUUGUCAUUAUGAAGAAAAAUUAAACAAAAAUUAACUAUUUUUCACAAUAGAUUUCAUUUUACAAUAUAUGUUGCCUUCUUCAAUAGAAAUAAUCGUGGAUAUCAGUUCCAACAAUUAUAAAUGGCAACACAGUUAUAUUUGAACAUGUUAUAUAAACAGUUUAUCUAAAUUUAAUUUUUAUCCUGAAGAAGGUUUAAAGCCAAAAUAUUGUGUUGUUUUUGACGUUUAUAAAGAUUUAUUUUUGAAUCACCAGUACCAGUAAACAAAAUAUAUAUUUGCAUUUGCAUUUUACAUUUAUUAAAUGGCAGUAGCGGGUCUGAAGUGGUUAGUUGUGCGAUUCUAUCCAUAUUUGCACGAUGGCAUAGCCUGAGCUUAGGAAUUCUGCUUACCACGUAAGGCGCGUCAUUGUCUUUUAUUUGCUGUCUAUCAUAUACCUAAAUGCAAUAACGUGUACUCGAUCAUUUUAAACAUUUAAUCUUAAAAACAAAAUACACAUUAACAAAGUUUUAACGCAAUGAAUGACGUCAUACAUGUAUGGCGUUAAAUAACCGGUAAUUUUGUAAGCUGUCAGUAUUUUGCAUGGGUUUAAAGGGAUAGUUACAUAUAUUUUCAAACUGUUUUUAUAUCAUCUUGUUAUUAUUCUAUGAUCCAUACAUUUUAUGUGAAACAGUACGCGAAUGAGUAUAUGUAUCUCCAUUUCUGAAAGAUUACGUUUCAGAGGAAAUUCUCAGAUAGAUCUAGACGAUGUUGUGUUUUCUCAUCAGUUGUGGGCUGAAAUUUAUCAUUAUAUAAUCCCUCGGGCUAUAGCCGCAGUGAUAUGUUUUGCGACUAGGCAUAUUUAUUGCAGACAGGGAGAACGCAGAUGUUAUUUUUCAGUGUAAAAUACAGCGUUCUAAAAAUAGAACUGAAAACUCUUCUAGGGUAUAGAAUUGACAUGAUUAUUUAAUGUCUGUGUGUGCUUAGUUGUUUGAAUUUCUAUAAAGUAAAUUAUUAUGCGAAUAGCUCUGUAUCAUUCGUCUUACUAUAAGACUGAGCAUGGAAACCAGCCUCAGAUUGCAACCUUGUUUGUCAUUGGUCAAUUUUAAAAUUGUACUCAGAAGCAACCAAUCAAAUGCUUAAAUUCUCAGACUGGUCUCCAGUAACAGUUUUAUAUCUUUGGACCCGAAAAUAGUCGCAAGCUCUUUAAAGAAACAUUAUUCGCAAUCGAAAGGGUGUUUUCGGGGAAGAAACAAAAUUUUAUCAGUAAGCAAUAUUUUUCCUUGUCAGUGUUAAAAUUAAAAAAGUGUUAAAAAAUGGAAUAGAGAUAUUGCAACACGAUGCCUCAUUUUUUGCCUAUAGAUUUUAAGUUGGAAAUACAAUUUUCAUUUUUUCAUAUUCGUACCUGUUUAAAGGUCACAUGCUACUUUAAUUUGGACUGUUUGAUAUUGUCUCUUGUAUGAAUUGCUUUUCUUUCUCACCAUCAGUUGGAAAUAAUUGUCAACGUCAGCCUCAAAUUUCCUUGUAGAGAAGGAAUAUUAACCCUUAGCCUGCUGGUGGCAAGUGAUUCUGCCUUUGCGACCAGUGCAGACCAAGAUCAGCCUGCACAUCCGUGCAGUCGAAUAAUAAAUGGUAUUUCCCAAAUUGAAUGAUGGACCAGUCCAUUUUAAAAAUUUAGCAGGCUAAGCGUUAAGACACUCCUUAGGCAUAAGACUUGACAUUUAUUUCCUCUUACUAUUGUUAUUUUCUGAGAUAUACAAUUUGUUUUGAAUUUCUGCAAUGUUUUAUUAGAUAUUACAUUCUUUGAAGGAAACUAGAUGAUCAUUAGUGGUGGCGAAUAGUAUGUCAAGGGAGAGAAUCAACGUUAUAAUACGCAUCAUAGCCUCAGUGCGAAACUAAUACAAUUGUAUGAAAAAGUCUUGGACUACAACACUCGCACGCUGAGGCAACAUUUUAUUUUUGUAAAUAUUUGCCAUAUUUACUGUAAAAUAGCACAUACGAUAAGAUAGUGUUGGGUGAGAUAUGCAUUAACCAUCUUUUUUAUCUCUUAAGAUAUCUGAGGAUAAAUUAUUUUACUGUGUACAACUCCAUUUCAAAAUUAUACUACAUAGGUACUACAUAGGUAAAUAUCUCAUUUUUUCACAUAUCCCUAGGUCGGCUAAAUUAUGGUCACGUCCAAGAAUAUAUAUUAUUUUUUUCAACACGAAACAUGUGUAUUUUUAAGUAAUCUUUUAUAUGAGUCAACGUGAUAAAUCAAGACUAUUUCAAAUGCUUAAAAUCAGUCUUUAAUUCUUAUAUCAGUGUCUUGAUGAAUUAGAAUGUUAUACGUUUUACGUAUGACUGAUACAGCCCUGAUCAAAACCGAAUGCAGUAGUUAAUGAAAAAUAUAAUAUUUAGUAGGUACGUCGAAAAAUAUAGUCUGCGUUUUUGGAAACUAUUUCGAUGUCUGGUCAGGAUCCAUGCUGUUCGCUUUCAAAGCCUAUUGCAAUUAGAGAAACUGUUAGCGAACAGCAUGGAUCUUGACGCUGGUCUGGAUCCAUGCUGGUCGCAAACGCACUAUGUAGGUUUUCUCAUGGCACGGCUUAUUUCUUUUUGCGAAAACAUUAUAUGCCCUUGAAUGUAAUCAUAAUUUAGGCCUCAAAAGGGUAUGUGAAAAAUUAUGAGACAUUCUCUAUGCAAAUAUUAAAAUGGUCCUGUUUAUUUUUGAUGGUAAUCUUUAACCUUAUUUGAUACACUCUGUAAAAGAUGGUCAAAACGUUUGCAAACCAAGUACAAAAUUUAAAACGUCUUUUUAUUAAAAAAAAACCAAAACAGUUUUUAACGAAAUAUGAAACGUAUAAUAGGGUGUUUACAGUCCAAAUGCGUUUCUUUAGAUGAAACUAUAAGCAAAUGAUGCGUACUGAUUCUAUUGAAUCUUGCGGCAACAAGGAGGAGAUUUCCAGAUGCCACAACACCCGAUUGGCUGAAGUUGUUUAUAUACGUCACGUCGUCAUAUGCAUUCCCCGAAGUAGUCCGCGGAAAGCGUGCGUUGUCACGUGACAUGUGACGUUAUAUCGUUAGCUAUCCCAACAGAAGCCAUAAUUUCAGAUAUUUAUUACGUUUAAUACAACUAUGUGACAUUGGAUCAAAUAAAUGAGCGUGUAAAUUGUCAAAUCAAAUACUAAAUAUAUAUCCAAUGAUAAAGGAUUUUUAGUAUCUCUCUCUUUAAGUCGAUGUAUAAAAUUCAUUGUAUUUGCUACUCUGACGUCAUAUCUUUUGCGGCCAGGUUUUAUUAAAAUAAAUGUUAAGUAAGAAUUCAAAUUAUUUUCCCGAAAAAUUAUUGUUCGUAUUAAAUAUAGACGUUUUGUUGUUUAUUUUUCGAACUUUUCCUUUUUGCUGAUUUAAGAUCUAGAUGUAAUACAGACGUAAUGAUUUCUUCCCAGCUAUCGACUGAACAUUAUCACUGCGAUACUCUCUCAUGUCGAAUAUCAUCUGUAGGUUGCUCUUAUCUAUGUCAAACGCUCUUUUCAAUCAAUAUUUUGUAUUUAUUUUUUAUGUUAACUGAUCUUCUGCGAAUGAUUUCAGUUCUUGACUUUAGAAUGGUUUUGUUUUCUUAAAUUCUAUAACAGAGGUAGAUGUGUUGUCUUUUUACUUAUUUCAUUAGAAUACACAACCGGUUGAAAUGAAUCACAAUGUAUUUUCUAAAAUGUAAUUAUAUAAAUGUUAUAUGUGAUCAUCCGUGAUGUAUGAGAAAACUUGUCUAUAAUUCUAUUUGUUGUUCCAAUCAGAGUAAUUAAAAUCUAUAUUAUAUUAUA